GAAUCGAAUCUGUGACUGUGACUGCGUUGGUUGAGAGUGCGUUCUAUGUUUUAUAUUUUUAUUUUUCUAGUCUAAGGUUGUUCAUUCUAUUUUGGACGAUGAGUUAUCUUUUCUGUGCUGCAAUUGUUGAUAAAUAUGCAAAAAAAUAUUUAUAAUAAUGUAAACCAUAGUAAACAUUUUCCUACUUAUUAAGACAUAAUGAUUUAAAGGACAUUAUUAUUUUAUAAUGUUGAAGCAAACAAUGACAACUGUAUCAGACCGGGUCUUCCCUGUUCUUGGUUAUUCCAUAAACCACAGUAAAGGUUAUUAUCCAAACAAAUCACUAGGGAAUGAGAUUACCAGUAAUUUCCCCCUGCAGAUCGCAUUGUUUUUCAACCUCGCUUUCCUUCCUGUUUGGUUGACUACUAUUGGUGUAAUGUUACCUUUAAAGUACUGCAGACUACCGGACUUGUACAAGAUUAUUUUAGUUAUUACUCUAGUUGCAGCAAUUACCAUUGAGAUUACUAGAUUAUACAUGGGCUACCUGGGAAACCUAACUGAGAAUAUCCCAGGGAUGCCAGGGUUCUGGAUGUUGUCUCUACUUCUGCAAGCUCCUCUACAGUUGUUGCUGCUUCACCCCAUGCUGCUGUUCUCUGUUGUAGAGAAUGUCACCCAGACUGUGAUGUGUUACUUGUGUUCCAGAUCCCAGGGUUGGCAGGGUUCUGGAUGUUGUCUCUACUUCUGCAAGCUCCUCUGCAGUUGUUGCUGCUUCACCCCAUGCUGCUGUUCUCUGUUUUGUGUUCCAGAUCCCAGGGUUGGCAGGGUUCUGGAUGUUGUCUCUACUUCUGCAAGCUCCUCUGCAGUUGUUGCUGCUUCACCCCAUGCUGCUGUUCUCUGUUGUAGAGAAUGUCACCCAGACUGUGAUGUGUUACUUGUGUUCCAGAUCCCAGGGUUGGCAGGGUUCUGGAUGUUGUCUCUACUUCUGCAAGCUCCUCUGCAGUUGUUGCUGCUUCACCCCAUGCUGUUGUCCUCUGUUGUAGAGAUUGUCACCCAGACUGUGAUGUGUUGCUUGCUCUGUGUGCAGCUAGUCUCAGGCUUCAUCGCACUGCACAGAGUUGCUAAACACUCCUCUGCCAAGUUCCACAUUGCUCAAUUUUUCAAUGAGAAUGAUAAUAGGGUAAUUCAAUAA